CCAUUGAUGUCCAGAUGUUUCCAAACAUAACAUGAUCCACUUCAUCUUUUGGUUGUUUUUACAACUGUUUUGUGAUUGGUCUUUUUCUUUUUCUUUUGCCUUUCAACCUUCCGUUUAUUUUUUUACCGCUUACUCAAUUUUAGACAUUGAAACUGAAAGAACUGCAGUAAGCUAUAAACCAGAACACAACUGAAAAGGAAAAGUUACAAAAGUGACAGUACAGUACAUGCCCUUUUAUUCAUUUGGCUGCUCUUGAUAAGACGAGUUUUAACCACUGGAGCCCUGUUACGUGCCAAUUUCCAUGCCACUUUAUCUGCAUGCAUGGGGGGCUUUAUUGAGGUUAGAGCAGACAGGCUGCAGGUAUUCAUGAAUAUAUGAAUAUUUUAUUCUGAUCUCAAAUUACUUUUUGUCUCGUGCCCAUCUCACUAACCUGCACUCAGAAUGAAAGAGGAGAAAGAACGCGAGGGGAAGCUUGAGUGACGGAGAAAAUGGGGCCAAGUGGUUCUAGAGGAGGAGGGACAUGAAGAGAAAGUUGAUGAAAGCUCCUUGGAUCCGGUUUCCUUUAGUGCCCUUUGUUCUCUGCUCUAUCAUACAUAAAGUAAAGAAAGGAUGGGAGAAGAGUGAGGAGGUGGGGAGCUGAAAACAUAAACGUGAUGUUAAGAAGAGAGAGGUCGAUGUGGAGAAGUUUCCUGCUGCACUGAAAGUCCCAGUUGUUUUUCUGGAAACCGCAUCAAAAUAGAGGGAAUAGAAAAAAAAAAAAUCAGCAAGACAUUUUGGGACUGGAUGCAGAGGAAGAUGCUUGCCCAGGCCUGGAUUUGUGUUUGUUUUUCGUUUUGUGGCUUAGGAGAAGGCUGUGUUGUGUAGUCCUUUUUCAGCCUUCCAACAUGUGUGGAGAGAAGAAAUAACUUAUGGAAUAGAGCCUGAGAAAUCAUCACCAUCUGUAGUGAUGAAGUGCCAGUAGGGGAACUGUUCCCGUGAAGGAUGUUUUGGCAUCACCCAUGAGAGCGAGGCAUAAGAGCGCAGCUGUCAAAAGUGGAGAACGAGCGACAUUUUGCAUCAUUCAAAGAGAUUUAUGAUGCCUCGCAAACGAAUGCCUCUCAUUGGUUCGUCUGGGAGCAGAACAGGUCCACCUCCCUUUAAUUCCACUGCUCUCCAGCAACCACACCUCACGAAUCGAAAGAAAGCUAACAGGCAGCCCCAGACUUCGUCCUCCUCUCAGCAUCACCCAGGACCUUCUUCCAUCCUCCUCUCAGACAACGUAACACCGUGGGGUGGCCUUGCUCACUCCGAGUCCUCCUUUACCAUAACCCCCCCAGCAAUUCCACCAACAAGACCCCCAUCCCUCCCACCUGGUCCUCAGCCGACGGUUACCAAUCCUCAUGAGGAGGAAGAGGAAAACGAUGAAUGUUCAUGUUCAGGUUUCAGCUCCGAAAUCUCCUCUCCAUGCCUGUUGAUCCCUCGGAACAACACAGGUGGAGUGGGCAGAAGGCUGCAGGCGAGAAGGCAGGGUCAUACCUCAGUGUCAGGUUCCUCGCCUUCCACGCCUGCCACCGCUGAAUCCAAUCACCGAGCUCAGCUUCUCUCGAAGCUUCACGUUUUCCUUCUUCGAGCUGCCGCUACAUCAUUCCCCUCACUGUCGGGCAGAACGUGCCAGAAACCUCUUUCAGCUGCUGAAGCAGAUACACUACUGAUACACUCUUGCAUUAAAGGAUUGUGAAACAAAUC